AGUGUAGUCGCUGAGGUGUGGUGUUCAGUAUUAUCUGCUUGUCCUACGUGGAAUCGACCAGUCAUGCGCUCCGCUCAGAUCCUUCUGCUGUGCAUCCUGGGAAUGGCCCUCUUGUCCACCGCGAUGGGCAACAAUGGAAAUAUUCCGGAAGAAUGCUGUUUCAAAUAUUACCAAAGAAAGAUCCCGAAACAAGCCAUCGGGGAUUAUGAAGUCACCAGAUCUGACUGCUCCAGGAAGGGAGUCAUUUUUAUCACAAAAAAGAACUACCGCUUCUGUGCCAAUCCAGACGAUCCUUUUGUGGAGAAUGUCAUGAAAUUCCUUGAUCAGAGUAAAUUCUAGUAACUCUUGGAAAAAGCUUAAAAUGCCCUCUGUCUUCAGCUUUAAAAACUCUUUUAUUUACCAGUAGUUGUUGUGUGAAAGAAUAUGCUACUAAUCAUGACCUGUUAUAGUAUGUGGUCAUAAUAAAUACAUUCUGUACAU